AUGGAUAAGGCCUUGAUGGCCAUGUCUCUCGAAGAGGAUGAUGAUGCGCCUUUCGUCAUGCCAGAUUUACCAGAAUACAGCUCAACUGAGAGAAACAAAAGAAGUCUAAUUGGACGUCUUCUCAACCUUGACUACCAGAAGAUGGCGGAUUUCAUUUUUGAGAUGCCGCGUAAAUGGCAAAAACAAGGUCGAAUUCGAAACAUCCCCAUCAACUAUCAAACGGAGCUAGCAAUAGAAGCUUUGGGAGAUAUUGUGGGCAAGGUAAUUGUGGUGGCUUUUGACCCUCUAAAAGCUAGGAGUAAUGUUUAUGAAAGAGUCAAAGUUAGAUUUGAUGUGUCAAGACCUCUGCGAAAGGAGAAAGUUAUUGAUCUGCCGUUGGGUAAGAAGACUACGAUCUUUUUUCACAAUGAAAGGAUCCAGAAGAGGUGCUAUACAUGUCAAAGGUUAACACAUGAUCAGUCGGUUUGUCCGCUCAACAUCCAGCGAAGGCAGAGAGAAGCGGAGAUAAGAAGAGCAUGUGGUAGUGUCAUGAAGCAAAAGAUCACGCCAGUGAUAUUGGAGUCUGAUCCUUUGUUUGGUGUUCUGGAGGAAUCACAGGUUGGAAUUAAUCCAAAUACAAGGAGACCAAAGAUUGCACCUGAUGUUUUGGAAGGAAUGAGACAAUAUCUUCAGAUGGCUCAGGUGACCAGAGAUUUGCAGAAAGGCAAGGGAGUUGUGUUUGAUUAUGAAGCACAAGUGACUGGACAACAGUUGACGUCGCCUACUUCUCAAGGUGACAAAUUGAUGGCUUCAGCUAUACGAGCUCACCCUCUCUUAGGAUGGAGAACAGAAGACUUGAAUAAGGAAAUUGAGCAGCAUGGGUCUUCACAUUUAUCUUACUCCUCAUCAUCGACUAAUAGUUCUACGAGUUCUAGAUUGAAUGUGUUUGAUCUCAAUAUGUCCGAGACUAACUCAACGAAGAUUGGCGUAAGAAAAAAGCCUGGAAAAAACAAGAGGAAGUCCAAAGCUAAUGAAGGCCAGAGGGAUAAUAUAAAAAUAUCUCUUCAAGAUGGAGUGUUGAUUGGAUAUGUGGAGAAGCGGAAAGCAGUUGAGCAGAUGGGAGGAGUGCCCAAAGCUGUCAAGCAAACAACUCAAAAGACGGUUCCGAAGGAGGGACUGUCCAAGGAGUAA